GAGAAAUUUGUGUGAUUUUGGUUAGGGUUUACGAGAAAGCAGAGCUUCCAGUUUCGGUUUCGAACAGGUGGGGGGAAAAUGGGAAGAAAAGGUGGAGGAAGGUUUUUUGAAAAAUCUCUCCGUCGCCGUAUUGAGAUCUGCACGUCCAAAUACUCCACUGCCGAAGAAAUCGCCAACCAUCUCCGUUCAACUUAUCCCGAUUACCACAGAACCAAACAACAAACCCUAAUUCGGUUUGUUCAGGAAGCUAUUCAUUCCAUGGAGAAGCUGAAUCACACUCCCACGCCUAAGUAUUCAGACGACGGCAACAUAGAGUCCCAACGCGCGUCUCGAAAGCGUAAGAAGAAUAUUGACGAAGGUGAAGAAAGGCUGAAGAAAAUGGAAGCUUUACACGUGCGAAGGAGGGUGCAGAGUUCUUCGGAGAGUAAUGACGAGGAGAGUAAUGAUGAGGAAUCGGUGUCGGAGGACGCAAUUUACGGUGAGAAGUUGGAGCCUCAGUUUGAUUUGAUGAAGGAAAUGCUAAGGAUGUCAUAUACGCCAAAGAAGGUGGCGGCAGCAGCAACGGAAGAAAAGAACAUUGAAAUAGAGAUGGGUAAUAUAAGUAAAGGCACGGAGAUGGGUAAUAUAAGUAAAGCCACGGUUCUGAAUGAGGUGGGAGACCCAUCUCUGCUUUCGGUUUCGGUUUCAAACGGUGAGGGGAAGAAAGAUUGGCCUAGAUUUAAGGAUUUUGGUGGGAUGAAAGAAGUUUUGGAGGAACUAAGAGAAGAGUUGAUUGUACCUUUGGUUCAUGGUGAAAUUCUUAGAAAAUUAGGAGGGAAGCCAAAGGCAGUUGGCAUUUUAUUGCAGGGUCCACCUGGAUGUGGGAAGACCACACUUGCUCAUGCUAUAGCUAAUGAGUCAGGUCUUCCUUACUAUCGGAUUUCAGCUACUGAACUAGUCUCUGGGGUAUCAGGUGCAUCUGAAGAAAAUAUUAGGGAAUUUUUUGCUAAAGCUUACAGAACUGCACCUUCUAUAGUCUUUAUUGAUGAGAUUGAUGCAAUUGGUUCUAAAAGAGAGAAUUUGCAGCGGGAAAUGGAAAAACGAAUGGUGAUGCAAUUAAGCACUUGCAUGGAUCAAUCAACUGCUGAUAAUGUUAUUGUAAUAGGAGCUACAAAUAGGCCUGAUUCUCUUGACCCUGCCUUAAGAAGACGAUUUGAUCGUGAAAUUAGCAUUUGUGAACCUGAUGAAUCCGCCAGGAAGGAGAUUCUAUCUAUUCUUACUUCUAAUUUUAGAUUUGAUGGUUUAUUUGAUCUACAUGAAAUAGCCAAGUUUACAUCAGGAUUUGUUGGUGCUGAUUUGGUAACUCUAGUUGAUAAGGCUCUUCGAUGGGCAACAAAGAGAAUAAUUAACGAAAGAACGAAGAGAAUAAUUGACCAAAGGAGACAUGAAAUACCUGAACUCAUGAGCGAGCAUAUUGAAGAAUGGCGGAGGGAACCUUUGUCCACGGAAGAAUUAGAUGAGUUUGCCUUCAUCAAAAUCUCCGAUUUUGAGCAAGCAUUAAGAAAGGUACAACCUUCAUUAAGAAGAGAAGGAUUUGCUAGCAUUCCUAAGGUAAAAUGGGAAGACGUUGGGGGGCUUGAUCAUUUAAGAAAGGAGUUUGAACGAUAUAUUGUAAGGCGUAUAAAAUAUCCUGAAGAUUAUGAGGCACUUGGGAUUAAUCUCGAGACUGGAUUUUUGCUUUAUGGACCUCCUGGUUGUGGUAAAACAUUGAUUGCCAAAGCUGUUGCCGGUGAGGCAGGGGCUAGUUUUAUCCAUAUUGAGGGUGCCCAACUUUUAAAUAAAUAUGUUGGGGAAAGUGAGCUUGCCGUUCGAACAUUGUUUAGCCGUGCAAGGUCAUGUGCACCAUGUAUAAUUUUCUUUGACGAGAUUGAUUCAUUGACAAAAGAACGUGGUAAAGAGGGUGGUUGGGUUACCGAGCGACUGUUGAACCAGUUGCUUAUCGAGUUGGAUGGUGGAGAGCAUCGACACGGUGUUUUUGUGAUUGGUGCUACAAAUAGGCCUGAGAUGAUGGAUCGUGCUCUCUUACGGCCGGGUAGAUUUGGUAAACUUCUUUAUGUUCCUCUACCUGGCCUUGAUGAGCGAGUUUUGAUAUUGAAAGCUCUUGCAAGGACUAUGACAAUUGAUGCCACUGUGGAUUUGAGUGCAAUUGCCAGAAUGGAAGUUUGUGAAAACCUAAGUGGCGCUGAUCUUCGUAAAUUGAUGAGUGAAGCGGCAAUGGCUGCUUGGGAUGAGAAAGAUAAAACUGUCAAGAGUAUUCAUUUUGAGAUGGCACUAAGUAAAAUCUCGCCGUCAGUGUCUAACAGGGAAAAGCAGUAUUAUCAGCACUUGUCGGAGAGGUUUAAAGUGGCGUGAACAACAUGCCCUGGUUUUCAAUUGAGUUGUUCAUUGAUCGUUUCCUUUGUUUUAAAUUUAUAUCUUUGUUGUUUUUCAUUUUUGUUUUACGGUGUAGAUAUGUUAUUUAUCACAACUCAACUAUUAUAUAAAAAAAAUUAUAAAUUCA